UGAUAUUCCCUGGUAAUGAUGGCUCUUUCUAGUUGGCUUGAUGUCUUAAAUCUCGAAGAUGGAGUGAAUUCUUCAAUCUAGAUUGAUUCAUCUUUUAGGGUUUGUUUGGACUCUGCGGCUUCUUUCAAGAAUAAUGCAAGCAACUGAAGCUGUCACCUUUGGAGUUGUUCAGGCUGACAUGCAAAUUGCUGAACCCCUGAAUGAGGAAUCUUCAAAACCAGAAGCACGAGGGAGGCGCACUGAUCUUUCACUUCAAAUACCUCCUAGACCACUAGGGCUUACCGGUGGUAGCCGUAGCGGAAAGGGUUUACUCCAGUCUCAAGAUUCCUGUAAAGGUGCUUCAUCAUCAGGAAGCUUCUUGCGUGGGUUAAGCUUCAAAAGGAAGGGUGCUUUACCUGAUGGUGACAGAAGCUGCCUCCUCAAUUCGGACUCCAAGGCAACCCUAGAAAGUCCUAUUUGGUCUAGUUUAGCAUCCACAUUUUCUUGGAAAAAAUGUAGUUCUCUUCCUGUUACACCUGCAUCAAAUUUCUCGCCCUCAGUCUCCAUGCCUGCUUCAGCAAGGAUGUCUACCGAGCAGCAAAAGUCAAAUAAAGGAGCAGCUCGUGCUGUGGUUUCAAGGUCCCUGUCUGCAACUGGGCAAAAUAUUGUCAUAGUAAGAUCUGUAUCUUUUGAUACCCGUAAAGAGCAUAUUCCAACAGAUAACAGUGAUGAUGAAAUAAUUUCUGUUCCAACAGAAAGCAAUGAUGAAGAGAUUCCUGAAGAGGAAGCUGUGUGCAGGAUCUGUCUUGAUGUAUGUCAAGAGGAAAAUACACUCAAAAUGGAGUGCAGCUGUAAAGGUGCGCUGCAACUUGUUCACCAAGAAUGUGCUGUUAAAUGGUUUAGCACAAAAGGAAACAAGAAAUGUGAGGUAUGUGGUCAAGAGGUUCAGAACUUACCUGUAACACUGCUUCGGGUGAGUAGUGGUGCUCAAGGGAGCAACAGACAUGACCAAAAUCAGCAGAACUCACGUGCACAAUCCUUGAGUGUGUGGCAGGACUUUGUGGUGCUUGUCUUAGUAAGCACAAUCUGCUAUUUCUUCUUCCUUGAGCAGCUAUUGAUUCGUAAUAUGAAGACUCAAGCAAUCAUUAUUGCAGCUCCAUUUGCACUCACUCUAGGCCUCUUAGCGUCUAUCUUUGCCGUUGUUAUUGCAAUCAGGGAGUAUAUAUGGACAUAUGCUGCUCUUGAGUUUGCACUGGUGGCGAUAAUUGUCCACUUAUUUUAUAAUUUGCUUAAUUUUAAGGCUAUUUUUGCAAUACUUCUUGCGGCAGUGCUGGGGUUUGGGAUUUCCAUGACACUAAAUUCAUUGUAUAUCAAGUAUUUUACCUGGCGAGUUCAGGUUGGGCAGAACUCUGGUACUAACCCGGUAUGAUAAUGCGUCUAGAGUUAGUGCCUACUAUUUUGCAGGAGGAUCAGUGUACAUAUUUUGGCCCAAGCACGGAUCAAUUCAAGAAUAAUCUACCUUAUUACAAUGUUUGUUCCUGGCAUGGUAGUAGCAUAUGCAGAGGGUGAGGGAAUCAAUGUUUUCUUGGCAUAUUGAUCAGUCAUUUUCAUACUAUCAAAAAUGCCACGAAAGGAAUG